UCUGUCUGUCACUCCGCUUAUGGCGUCUCUGUCCACCCAUCAUCUUCCCUUAACGCAUCUCUCAGUUUCAUGUCCUCCUUCGAAUUACGAUUAUGGCAAGCUCCCCACCUCUUUCUUCCCCGCAUCAGUUAGCUUGGCUUCAAACAUGCAUUUUUCUACUCAGUUGCCUCUCAGAAAACAAUCUCUGCCCUCGACUCCAAGGUCCCUCACCGUGAAAUCAAUGGCGCCUCCGAAAGGAGGAAAACCCAAGAAAGUGACUGGAGUUAUUAAGCUUGCUCUAGAGGCAGGGAAGGCCACACCUGCACCACCCGUUGGGCCGGCCCUUGGUUCUAAGGGUGUCAAUAUCAUGGCUUUCUGUAAGGAUUACAAUGCAAGGACUGCCGACAAGGCGGGUUAUGUGAUUCCUGUAGAAAUUACAGUCUAUGAUGACAAAAGCUUUACAUUUAUUUUGAAGACUCCACCUGCCUCUGUUCUUCUCCUUAAGGCUGCUGGAGUGGAAAAAGGUUCUAAAGAUCCAAAGUUAGAGAAAGUUGGGAAAAUCACCAUUGACCAAUUACGAACAAUUGCAACAGAGAAGCUACCAGACUUGAACUGUUCAAGCAUUGAAUCAGCCAUGAGAAUUAUAGCGGGCACUGCUGCUAAUAUGGGAAUCGAUAUCGAUCCUCCUGUCCUUGAACCCAAAAAGAAGGUAGUUGUGUGAUGGUGUCAGUUCUGUUUCCAAGAGUGUUUAGUCAUCCAGAAUAUGUCCAAAUGAAAAAAAGAAAGAAGGUACUCAAGCCGUUUUCUUUCCCUUCCA